ACAAAAACUCAAGCUGGAUAAUACCUAACAGGCUGCUUAAAAUGAUCAUUCGCUCAAAAUUAUGACCUAUGUAACAACAAUUUGAAUUUUUUUUUUCUUUUUCGCUUUUUGAAACGCUUGUUGCCCUGCCUGACCAAGAAGCGAAGCUACAAAAUAAUUUGUUUAUCUACAAAUAAUACUACGCAUGUGAAAGUAGGCACUAUAAAUAGAUUUUCCAAAGUACACAGGAAGAACUUCCUUCAUUAUUCAAUUCGAUUUCCUAGAUUUUGGCUAAGACAGAGGAAAAGCGCAUGCAAUUGCGAUCGCUAUCGGUUUGACAAACAGCAAGAAUUUUAGUUCAGAAAAGCAUCGACAUAAAGGCGAGAAAUUUCAACCGUAAGGCUCUGAAAUGGAAAUUGAGGAUAAACUUACAGAGGAACAGAUUGAAGAAUACCGAGAUGCGUUCAAGUUUUUCGAUAAAGAUGGCAAUGGUUAUAUAACAACCCGUGAGUUGGGGGCCAUAAUGAGAUCCCUCGGGCAAAACCCCACGGAAACCGAACUCCAGGAUAUGGUCAAUGAAGUAGAUUAUGACGGAAAUGGUGUGGUGGAUUUUGGCGAGUUUGUGAACAUGAUGAUUAAUCAAAACAACAACACGCUGGACGAGAAGGAGCUCUUGGAAGCAUUCAGAACUUUUGACGGUGACGACAAGGGAUACAUAUUCUCUAACGAGAUUCGUUACGUGAUGCGGCACAUGGGAGAAAGCAUUCCAGAACAAGACAUCAACGAGAUAUUACAAGAUUCUCAAGAAAGUCGGAAACGAAAAAUCACCUUUGAAGAAUUCAUCAAACUGGUAAAACCGGAAGUAUAAACCUACGUUUCAUUUCCGUCACUGGAUGAGUCAACCACUGGUACUGACAGAUAGGCAUGAGUUCAAUUACACAUGUGCACCAGUUUGUUUCGUCAUUUACAAGGUUUUGCAAUGUCUGUUGACUGUGUUUACAGUUGUUGCACCGGAUGAAAGUCAAUUUUGUUAAAGGAAAUCAGUGGAUAUGGUCAAGUGAAAUGAUUUGGAGAGGCAAUCAUAAGGGGGAUUAAUUUAUUGAAACUAUAACCUCGUUUUGUGAAAUUCUCUCACAAGCAAAUGAUAUAACAUUACAUUAUUUUUGUUAUUUUCUUAAGUAAAAAUAUUAUUAUCCAAUAUGUGUCAACUUUCUUUUAACUUGAUAUAAUCAAAUGGGAAGGUCUUAAAUUUAUUCCAAUGGAAUUGAAAUUUUCUUUCGAGUUUAUUUCAUGAAUAAAAC